ACAUGCAACAGGUGUUGCAGGGUGAUGGCUGUGUGAAAGCUAAUAAUAUGGAACGUUUCCGGGUUUAGGGUGAUUCCUGCGUCUAUUUUGGUAUCGUGGACUGGGAAGGCUCGUAGUGGUGGAUUGUUCCCUCUUAAUCAUCGGAUACGAAUAGACAAAAAGGAGCAUUCUUUGGGGAAAUCCCCUACUUUUACCAUAAUAAUAAUGCCGGUGGAAUCCGCUGUACAAACUUAGAGAAGCAACGUGAACGAUGUACUACAUAUUCAUAUACAUGUACUGAACCAACCGGUGUGUCCGAAAAACUCACAAGCGCGUAUCAUUCGCAUAUUUUUCACUGAAAGUCUGCGACCAAGGUAAAAUCUGUUACUGUGAAUGUUCGUCAAAGAAAGACUCCGUUUGAAACAGACUGAAACGAGUUGAUUAUUGAAACCGGUAAUCUUAGGAAAAGAUGAGCCUACUUCCAGAUCACAAGGAACUUCUCCAGAAUGAAGAAUAUCUCCACUCUUUACACAAUAAGGUUUUGGAGGAAAACAGAGAUUUCCUUUGUCGAAAUGGAACAAUUGAACCCAAGCACCACUUCACCUACCUGCGCUCCAAGGGCAUCCUGAAUAGAGAGAUCUGCGAGGAGAUCAAUCACGUCGUUGGCCCUAUGGCCAGAGCAAGCCGUUUCAUCGAUGAACUGCAGAGGAACGGGGGGCCCAAGGCUUUCACCUGUUUCCUGGAGUCCUUGCGCAGGGACGGAACACAGAUAUUUGUGUUGAGGCGGCUGAACAAGGCUUUGGAGGAUCUGAUACGCAGCCCCCCUCCCAUGGCCCCGGCAGAUAACGGCUUUAGGUACCAUCCCCACCAGUCCAGAGAAUUUGAGGAAUCAUCCAUUGCAUCAGAGGGGGAUGUAUCCAAUAGCCCCCUGGAUGAGGAGCCUCAUGCCGAUUCCUCUACACACCCUUUACGUCCGGGAGACCCUGGUGCACCCCCACUACCAAGCUUUGAAAGUCUAGCAAAGUGCACGCACAGUCAAGGUCCACCAAGUGGUGACUUCAAGCCGGCUUCUCCUAUUUUGACGGAGCACUGACAGGGCUAGCUACAUGUUACUCUCGACCACAAACCUGUAAAUUGCCAACUUGUUAACCACUUUGUAGCAGCUUUUUCAGAUUGUCUUGGAUUUUAUAUGGGUCAUUCUGUAAGUUUAGGGUCCAAAAGUGUGACCAUUUUAUGUUCCUGCUAGACCUGACCUGUGUAAUUUGACAACAGAUACGUCAUUGAAAAGUUACUUUAAAGUAUUUAUUUCUUUGGCAGGUAAUUUACAUUUAGUCACUUUUGGAAAUUAAAGAACAUGUUUCAAACUUACAAAAUCAUGUCAGAUGUGACAGGGACACACACAAACAUUGGGGCCCCCGCGGCCCGAAUUCAUAGCAUGACCCAAAUUGUCAAUCUUCAAUUACUUGCUUUUUAUAAGCAUGCCUUACUUAAACUUGUAAAUCAAGAAAACAUGUGAAUAUACUAAUGAUAUUAGGUUGGGGACCCUUCAAUUGUUUGUUUAGUAUGUUAAAAGUUUACAUUUUAUUUCACUGAAAUGUUUCAGCCUGGGAGGCUUUCGCUCUGCUCAAGUGUGAUAAUUGUGUACAGCUAAUUUUUACAUUGUCAAAGGUCUCAAUUUUCAGAGAGACUAUUUAAUAUUGGAUUUUCAUAAAGAAUGUGAGGUUUUCUAUGUUCUCUUCAAACAAAUUGUAAGCUUUGAAUCAUUAAGUCUCUGCAUGACCUUGAGACAAAUGGUGUAUCUGAAAUGUAUCUACAAUGAUGAAUCUGGGAUCUAGAAAGAAAAAGUGUACUGCUUUCUGGAUGUGACCUACUGACACUUUUCAGUCUGCGCUUUUGUCUUUUCAAGCAAACACAAAUGGCCAGUCAUAGUCAAGUGUGUGACCAAUAACAGGAGAAUUGUUUAAUCCAUUCCUUAUGAGUUUGCAUACCUUGAAGAUGUGUUGUUUUGCCUUGCAAAUCUGACAUAUUUGCCUGUGUAAAGUUAAUCAAACGGUAUAAAUCAGCUUAGUCGUUCAUUUAUAUUCAGUGCAGCAUAAAAUUUUAUCAGCCUCUAUUCAUGGUUCUUUUACACAAGUGAAAAAGCAGCCUCAUUCCCUGACUUUUCACAGAGUGCCAUUUCCAGGUUGAGUAUUGCCCAUGACUGUUGUGGAUAUCAUUAUUUCAUGUGCAACUCCUUGUAACUUGUAUGAUACAUUAGCUUGUACAUGUAUGUGAAGUGGCUUUUACAUUCAAAACAUCUAAACACUGCAGUCAGAGGUCUGAAAACAUGUACAUGUAGCUCUGUUAGGGUAUUAAACACUGCAAUAACCACAGGCUGCCAUGUUCAAACAUCGGAAGAAAUGCACCCCACUGCUUGUUCCAGUAAAAAGUUUUUAAAAUGGUCAAAAUGCAUCAAAAAUUAAAAGGAGUAUGCCAUGA